CAGCAGCCGUACAAUACCUCCAUAUUUACGGACCUACCCUUCCCAGCUCACUAUGAAGUGCAUUCCUUUACCAUUCCCUUAAAGUCCCAAUUCUUUUCCCAACCCAGGAUUCCGAUUCCCCAAGGAGAAGAGGAUGGGAAUUGAUCUGGAAUCAGUUGCAGAGGCAACGUCCGGCGCCAUUGGAGCUCUGGUCAGCACCACCAUCCUGUACCCUCUUGACACCUGCAAGACCAAGUACCAAGCUGAAGUCCGAGCCCACCAUCAGCAGAAAUACAGGAACAUUUCUGAUGUGUUAUGGGAAGCAAUUUCUACCCAUCAGGUGCUUUCUUUGUACCAGGGCCUUGGGACAAAGAACUUUCAGUCCUUUAUUUCACAGUUCAUCUACUUCUAUGGAUACAGUUUUUUUAAGAGGUUAUACUUGGAGAAAAGUGGAAAUAAAAACAUGGGAACAAGAGCAAACUUGAUAGUUGCAGCCGCUGCCGGGGCUUGUACAGUCAUAGUGACACAGCCCUUGGAUACAGCGUCCUCAAAGAUGCAGACAAGUGAGUUUGGGAAAUCCAAAGGACUCUGGAAGACGCUUUCAGAGGGGACUUGGAUUGAGGCAUUUGACGGUCUCAGCAUAUCUCUUCUUUUGACAUCUAACCCAUCUAUCCAGUACACAGUAUUUGAUCAGCUCAAACAAAGGCUUUUGAGAGGACAGCUGAGCAAAAGAACAGGUACAAAGUCAUCUCCAGAAGCUCUUUCUGCCCUUUCUGCUUUCGUAUUGGGUGCUGUCUCAAAGUGUAUUGCAUCCUGCUUGACAUACCCAGCCAUCAGGUGCAAGGUCAUGAUUCAAGCUGCAGAAGAAGAUGAAGAAGGCAGCAACGGAGCUCAAAGCAAAUCUCAAAAGUCCCAAAGGACAGUUUCAGGUGCAUUUUAUGCCAUUUGGAAACGAGAGGGGCUGUUGGGUUUCUUCAAGGGAUUACAGGCUCAGAUACUGAAAACUGUGCUAAGCUCGGCAUUGCUUUUGAUGAUAAAGGAAAAGAUCACAAAGACAACAUGGGUCAUAUUGCUUGCUGUGAGGAGGUACUUGUUUGUCAACAAGAGCAGAUUAAAGAGCGCUUGAAUUAGCGAUGACAAUGAGAAUUGAAUACAUGAAGCGAGUCCUCGUAUCAAAAGUGUAUCAUUGGAUUUGUUCACAUUUGGAGUUUUUCACAUCGGAUGCAACAAUAUUGUCGAAGCUGGAAAAGUCUAGUUUCAUAUCAGCAAGGAAAAUAUGGAUUAGAGAGGAAAUUUUUUACUUUGAUGUAUUUGGGCUUUUUUAGUUGUCCUGUUCAAUCACAUAUAUGCAUGAACUCGUCACCCUUGAACUUCAGUCCGCUUGGGCCAGAUACGUCGUGGAAUGCAUUUUCGGCUUGAUUAUGCACCA